CUUGACUACCAUCGGUGACUUUCCAUUCAAAACCUCAUGCUACCAUUUUUGACUCACCGGCACCAGCAACACCAAAAUGGAAGACAAAGAAGCAGUUGAAGCUUAGACCAAGUUCUCCGUAGCAGUUAACUUCCUCUAGCUCAACCGACUGACAAUUUUAUAGCAGUAGAUUAUCAAGUCUUUGUCCAAAGAUUUGCUUGCACAAGGAAGAGAGCAUGUACAAUUAUAAAGAAAGGAGGAGAUCAACCUGUUAUUUGCACUUUUGAUUUAAUAGUUAAAGAAAUCAAAUUGUGACUGGUGCUAAGCAUUAGAAUGAUGACUUCCUCAACUGUCCAACAUGUUUCAGAAUGUUUCAUCAAACCACUACACCCUAUUCCAGAUUCAAACCGAAUCUGCCAUUUGACAACAUGGGAUAUUGCCAUGUCGACUAUGAACUACAUCCAGAAAGGCCUCUUGUUCAAAAAACCAAAUAACCAACAAGAUUUCAUCGAUAAUCUGUUGGAGAAGCUCAAACACUCGCUCUCUCUUGCACUAUUCCAUUUCUAUCCUCUAUCUGGCCGUCUUGUUACACAAAAAUCUCAAGACCUUCCAUCUUAUUCUAUUUUCGUCGAUUGCAGUAAUAAUAACCUUGGAGCUAGGUUCAUCUACGCAACUUUGCAUGUAACCAUAUCUGAUAUCCUUGCCCCAAUUGAUGUUCCACCGGUUGUUAAGUCAUUGUUUGAUCUCAAUAAAGCAAUCAAUCACGACGGUCACACCUUGCCUUUGUUAUCCAUCCAAGUGACUGAGCUAGUAGAUGGUGUUUUCAUAGGUUGUUCCAUGAAUCACUAUAUUGGUGAUGGAACUUCUUAUUGGAAGUUCUUUAACACAUGGUCUGAAAUAUUUCAAGCUCAAGGCCAAGGCUAUGAUCAUGAAAAUGUUCCCAUUUGGCACCAACCCUUUCACACUCGUUGGUUUCCCGAAGGUUAUGGUCCACCAAUCAAUCUUCCAUUCAAACAUCACGACGAGUUUGUAAGCAGAUUUGAAUCACCCAAGCUGAGAGAGAGAAUCUUCCACUUUACAGCAGAGUCUAUUGCAAAACUGAAAGCAAAGGCUAAUAGGGAGUGUAAUACAAACAAAAUCUCUUCGUUCCAAUCCUUAUCAGCACAUGUUUGGAGAAGUAUAACUCGUGCCCGCUGCCUAGCAAAUGAUAGAAAAACAAAUUGUAUGGUGGCUAUAAACAACCGGCCGAGAAUGAAACCGCCUCUUCCUGAAGAGUACUUUGGGACCUCAGUUGAUACAGUGAGUGCAGAAGCAACGGCAGGAGAAUUGCUUGAGAAUAGUUUGGGAUGGGUAGCAUGGAGGGUUCAUGUUGCUGUUACAAAGCAUGAUGACUUAGAGAUUCGAAAGGGUGUGGAAAAGUGGUUAGAGUCUCCUGUUAUACUCGACCUUAACCGUCACUUUGAUCCGUUAAGCAGUGUGGCAAUGAUAAGUUCACCACGGUUCAAUAUGUAUGGGAAUGAAUUUGGGAUGGGUAAAGCAGUGGCUGUUUUGUGUGGUUAUGCAAACAAAUGUGAUGGGAAUGUGACUGCAUAUGAGGGAUAUGAAGGAGGAGGGAGUAUGGAUUUGGAAAUUUCACUUUCUUCAAAUGUUAUGACAGAAUUGGAAUUGGAUGACAACUUUAUGAAUGCAGUUUCUGUGACCAAUAUGUUAGGUACUUCAAGAGGACACACUCUUAAUGAAAAUUAACACGCAUUCCAACAGAAGCAGCUUUUUGUGAGGAUACAUGAUCCGUUAAAAUCUUUUAAGUUGUUUUACUUGUUACAGUAUGAUGUGUAUUGCAUUUUACUUUCUUUCAACUACUGGUGUGGGUUAAUGUCUCAUUUGUAGUUGUGGCGUUUGGAACA